AUUGAAUACCCGGAGACGGAACACGUGGACGACUCUAUCAUCUCCCACUCCGCAUUCCGGCACCUUGAUGCGGACAGGAGGGCUCUGAAGCCGCUCCGGUUCGCUACCAUGCUGAAACUACUGAUCAGGAACAGCACUGUGGACCAGGAGAUACCGCCCUCCCACAAGCACCUGAAGCCGAUGGCAGUGUUAAAGAGGAUCUGCUCCCAGACCUGGGUGCCGGAACUGUGUCUGUCCACCCCGGAGAAGUUAGUGUCUAUCAACUACCUGGCAGAUAAGGAGAUUACACCCCACAACGCUCAGCUCCUGCUCCAUCUCAUUUGUAAUCCCCAAUCUACUGACAUGCCUUCUACUGACCCUACCGAACUUAUCGGCAACAUCAUCAAGAAUAUGGACAUGUGGACCAUGAGGUCAGCUCACCUGAAAGUAAGGUUGAUAAGAGUAAGGAGCAAGGAGAAUAACGAGGGGGAGGAGGAGGAGGCGGCUACCCUCAAACUCAUCACUGACGCUGUCGUCUGUACUCUGGGACAUCUCCUCACCGAGAUAGCACGCGGAGGGUGUAAGAACGCAACUCUCUGGCUGCUCCCCACAUUCAUCAACAAGCUUCACGACCAGGUCAAGGAGCACCUCAUCAAGUGGCUAGGUUAGUUCGUUAAAACGGGGCGUGGUCCGGACUCUACUAGCAGCACCACCACCCCCUCCCCCCCCCCUGUUCUGUUUAUGAUUUGAAUUAAAAAUGCUCUGAUUGAUACUUAACCCGGUUCCUAACUCAGUUGAAGCGUUUUGUUGACGAAGUGAAAGAUAUCGAGAAUUUGGAAGAGAAACAAGUGGAGCAACUGAACGUGGCUUUACACUUCAGACUUUCUCUUGUGGGAGCUCACUUCCACCAGAUCACCGCUAACAAUAACCUAAGAUUAGACUGGGGUAUCCUGCUGCUACGUCUAGUCCGGCACCCCGCUGUGGACAGUACGCGUCUGGGAGAGGGCAUCCUCUUCUUCUCCGUACUGGACAUGUUGUCCACUGUGAUGGAGCCUCUAGAGACGUGUUGCUAUAACACUGAGGACGUUAACGCGAGGACCAUGUUCUUCAAGAGGAUCUGCAAUGAGAUCACGAUAUUGAUAACCCCGUCAAUAUGCAGGUACGACAGCUGUUAAAGAUCCCGCUGUACAAACAGGAGAUAACAGUAGUCGAACACACCAGCGUUAACGAAGAGUGGUCCCAGAGACCAACCCCGCAGUUCGAGACGCUCUAUCCAGAGUUAAAGCCUGAAGGGUACGUGCCAGUCAGUAAACACAGUGUGUCCCCAUGGGAACUGGUUGAAGGCGCUAAAGGAGGAUGCAAUGUUGUACCUUGGCAGGAACUGGGCGGUGUCAGAUACGACAGACAACCCGACAAAAUGGAGGAACGGUUAAUUGUGAGUUUGCGAGGACACGCCCACGAGCUUCCCUCUCUGGAGCACGAACAAGUCACCAUUCCCAACGCCCCUAAACCUAAAGUAGAGCCCCAGGGGGUUCCUCCGCAGCAGUUCCUCAACUUUCAGACUCGCCCUCCUCUAAUGAUGGCCGGACAACCAAGAAUGAUCAGACCGAUGCAAGCUGCCCACUUCUCUGGGAUUAUGGGAGCACCAGCCCCAAACGUGACUAUUACCCAACAGGGUCCUGUACCUAACUUCAACCCUCACGAAGUGGGUACUAUUACCCAGCAAGGCCCGGUACCUAACUUCAAUCCUCACGAACAAGUUCCCGGUCAGUUCCCGUUUGAUCAGGGAGCUGGUAGCAAGCCUCAAUUCACCCCGACUGUUACCGGGCAACAGCAGAUAUUCGACAACACUCCUGCUAACUUUAUAGAUAACCCUGGUGGUAUGGUGAGGACCCAGUACUCCGGACAGAGAAUGAUGAUACCCCAGAGGAUGACUGAGGAACAGAAGAGACAGCUGAUGGAGAGUCAGCAGCAGAAGGUCCGGCUUCAGGGUCACCCAGGCAUGGUGUUCCAGACAGCUCAGCCUCCUGGUAACCAUGGUAACGGUCAGCCUCCCACCGGUCCCGGAGCACAGGCUCCCCCUCCUUAUCUUCAGCAACACUUAGCUAACCCUAACCUGGCUGGUGCCGGUAUGGAAGGAGGAGGAAACAUGAUGAACCCUGGCAUGAUGAACCAGCCUCCCCCUCAUCAGUUCCUGCACAGACCGAUGAUGGCACAGCGACCCCCAAUGUCCCUGCCCGUUUCCAUGGCUCCCAUUUCCUCUGGAAACAUGUCCCUACCCCCUUCGAACCCUGGCUUCAGUCAAACUUCCUUCUUCGAUCAGCAGUUCACCUGAGCUGCUGUUACCAUGGUUACUGAGCUGUCAGACACUUACCAGAUAGAAUAUUGACAUCAUUUUGUGGGUUUAAUUAAUGUGAAUUGUUGUAAGCUGAUGAACUCUCACACGUUACUACGAGAUAGUAAUUAAUUAACAUUCAAUUAAAAGACAAAUAUCACCUUGACGGAUUAACUUUCUUUAAAUACUUUUACAGAUAUUGAAUGCUGACCUUAUUUGUUGUUGCUAUACAUGAUACUAUACUAUUGUUUUACUAAAUAAUUUAUUUUAUAAAUCAACUGAACAUC